GUUGGAACGUGCGGGAGAUCUUCUUCGAGAGCGUACUGGCUUUGAAUUGCCUUGUCUCGGUGCACGGACAGACUCCAUAUGCAUCUCUUUUUGGACGAGUCCCGAACCUGCUGCAGGAGGUGGUUGGGCCUGGCUCCGCGGUAGAUGACAGUGCGGGUGGGGUUGAGAGCAGCCGCCGCAUUCACCGGUUACGAGAGUUGUCACUUGCCGCGAUCGCGCAGGGCAAUGCCGAGGACCGCCUGAAGCUAGCAGCGCGCACCAAGACCCGGUUGACAGGCCAGCUGAUCAACUUGCAACCCGGCCACUUCGAUGAUAUAUAUUGCGAUCCGCCCAACGAAGACGCGACGGGCUGGAGAGGGCCUUGUCCGGCGGUUUCUCUGGACAGGCUCGACGAGGGGGUCGCGGAGGCACGGUGGCAGAACAGGGUGAUGGCUGUGAGGAUUCCCGACAUGCGUCGGUCGAUCAUCUGGCUGGCGUUCCUGGCGGCGCCGGCUCGGAACGACGCGAUCCCGUGCCAGUUCUUGAUCCACGAGCUCGAGCAGAUAAGCCGUGGCUCGAGCAUGUUGCUGGGUUACGAGGUGGGCGAUGAGGGCAGAUGGAGGUUGGCACCAGCAACGCGCAGACAUGCCAAGCUAUUUGACGCUGCUCUUUUCGUUGCUGCUUGCGACUUGCACCCAUCUGGAGCGGUGGCCGUUCGCCUGGGUAACGGGCGCCGCGAAGCAGCACCUAGUCGCGGCCACUACCAUUCGACCAUCUAUUGGUGGGUCAGUGGCACCCGGGAGGAAGUGCGAUAUCUUCUUCACGAUCCUCGCCGUCGCUUGUUAGUCCAGGAAUCUCUGGGCGCUUGUUGGAACGAGACCCUCUGGGUGCAGCUCCUGGCUGUCACCGAUGACACGUUGGAGGGCGUUCGCAAUCUUAUGCCUCAGGUGCCGAACCUCGGGGUCCAGGUGCCGGACUCAGAUCAUGUCGACGCGGUCGUUGCAGCGCACGUGGCUACGAGCACCGCCCGCACCAUCGUGGACAGCGAAGGCUGGAAUGCUUACGUCUGUGACAGCCCUGCUCCGUCCUUGGACGACCUGGAGUUAGAGCUGCCUCGGGAAAUUGCCUUCCUGGUGGCCGAUGACCUCACUGCCGUCGAGUUGCAGCCACACCAGCGCGACGUUGAUGAAGCAUGCGUUGACGAGCUGGGCAAGUGGAUCGGGCUGAAGCGCAUCGUCAACAUGAUUGCUGGCACGGUUCCCGACUUCAUCCUCUUCUCUUGCGACGUCGGCAUUGCGUUCUUGAAGGGGCUCACUUCCGAACAGGUUGCGAAGAUGACCGGGGGGGCACUUCGGGCGGCGCAGCUGGACUUACCGAAGGGCGCGGCGAAGUUGAUCCGCAAGUUCCCUGGGUUCGAGGAUUUCGACCCGGCCGUGGACGCAUUGGAGAUGAUCAGACCCAGCUUUGGGUUGAAGGACGCGCUUCGUCUAUGGAACAUGCGGCUCACCGCGGUCAUGAAGAAGUUGCAGCUCAUGCCGCUGGUUACGGAUCCGCAGAUGUUCUGCAAGUGGCGGCACCCACCCACUCGCAUCGAGCCGAAGAUCAAGAGGAUCAGUGUGAGCGACGUCGACGAGCCGCUCGUGAAGUUCAGCACCGACGAGAACCCUCUUCGUGACCUUGCCCUUCUGUGCAGCACGCACGUGGAUGACGUGAAGGGCGCGGCGAAGCAGGAGGUGGCUGAGACGUUCAUGGACGCAUUGGAGGCCGAGUUCGGGGUGCUUCACACGCAGGCGGAGGACGGCGCGGUGAGCACGACGCAGGACCACUACGUCAAGCAACUGCACUUGCUGGGCAUCGUUGCGGGAUCUGCCGACGAG